AUGUCAGACAAGAUUUCCAUUCGAACACUGACCCAUGUCAGACAAACUCCAGAAACAACAUCAGUYCAKGAGGGAGACACAGCUAAUCUCCACUGUUCUCUUCUCUCCAGCAGUAGAGAAAACAUUAAUCAUAAUCCRUCUGAUUACAAUGUGUACUGGUUCAGAGCUGGAUUUGGAGAAUCCCACCUGAGCUUUAUUUACACUCAGAAGAACAGGAGUGRUAAUAGUAGCUGUGUCUUCCAGCUGUCUAAAACUAUACAGAACUCCUCAGAUACUGGAAUAUAUUACUGUGCUGUGGUCACAUGUGGAAAGAUCCUGUUUGGAAAAGGAACUACAGUAGAGAUGAGUUCACAAUUCAAUCCAGCUGUUAUUGUACUUAGUGUGCUGUUGGCGUGCUGUGUGACGCUAAUUAUUUAUCUUAUUAUCUACAUAAAACAAAAAGUUUUUGGACAUUUUGAAGGCCCGUCUGGACAACAGAAGACGUUGGGAAACCAACCAAGUGACAAAGACACUCUUGGAGAUGAAGCCAAUUAUGUAGCUCUUAAUUUCGCCACAAGGAAGACAAAAGGCAUGAAGAAGAGAACAGAAUCACCACCAGAGUGUGUGUACUCAGCUGUGAGAGGAAGUCAUCCCACACUGCGUGAAACGUCUUAGAGCAGGACCUGUGUGGUAGAGCUUGGAUACAACAUGCUUACAUGACUGACAACAAAUUAAUAGUGUGCAUUUGUUGGUUUUGCAGCUCUGCAGAUUUUACUACUAAAAUAUUGUAAACCAUGCUUUCUGCAAACGUUUUCUCAUAGAAUUGGAUGAUGGUAUAAAAAACAACUGUUGUAUAAAAAUUGUUGACAAAAAGAUUUCUCAUUGUUCAGUAGUGCACUGUGAAAACAUUGCAUGUUUCUAUCAACAAUAAAGUAU